AUGACUCCUUUCGAGAAGAUCAUCUUCCGCUCUAAACAGCAGCCGCUUGUGCCGCUAGGGUGUUUGGGGACGUGCGUUGCUGUUGCGAUGGCUGCAAAAGGCGUCCGUACAGGCAACGCCAGGAGCGCGCAGAAGUGGUUCAGAUGGCGUGUGGGCCUGCAGGGCCUGACCAUCGUGGCUUUACUCGCAGGGUCGUUCUACUUUGACAAGACUUUGAGGGAGGGCAAGACGGAGCAGGAGCUUGCUAUCGAGAAAGCCCGUAUGAGGGAGCGGCUCUGGAUCGAGGAGCUCGAGCGCCGCGACGAAGAGAUGAAGGAACGCCAGAGACGCGCAGAACUGGCCAGAAAGCGCAAGGAGGACGCUGAGGCCUCCAAGGGCGACUAG